AUGACAUAUUCAACUGGCGACAGGCCAAUCGGUUUAGCUGUCGGUGAUUUCAAUAACGACACCCGACUAGAUAUUGUUGUAAGUAAUUCCGGAAAUAAUACCAUAGGUGUCCUUCUCGGAUAUGGUAAUGGUUCUUUUGCAAGUCAAAAGACAUAUUCAACCGGUGCUUAUCCAUUAGCUUUAGCUGUUAGUGAUUUUAACAACGAUACCCGACCGGAUAUAGUCGUCACUAAUUAUAAUGAUAACACUAUUGGUGUUCUGCUCCGUUAUGACAGAGGAGCUAUGAAAAACGAAAUUACAUUUACGUCCAGUACUGGUGCCCAUUUGAGAAGCGUUGCCGUUUUUGAUUUCAAUGACGAUAGUCUAUUGGAUAUCGUCGUUGCUAAUUAUGGUACUAAUAACCUAGGUGUCAUUCUUGGAUAUGAAAAUGGCACUUUUGGAACCGAAAUUAUGUUCUCAACGGGAUUAAAAUCUCAUCCUUGCUCAAUUGCAAUUAAUGACUUCAAUAAAGACGGUCAAGUGGAUAUUGCAGUGGUCAAUUGUGGUACUAAAAGUCUUAGUACAUUUCUGGGAAAGGGGAACGGAACGUUUGAAAGUCAAGCAAAUUAUAGCACUAGUUUCGUUUCUGCUCCAUUGGCUGUUGGUGUUGGUGAUAUCAAUAGUGAUGGACGUUCGGAAAUUAUUGUUGCAUACGAUGAUACUGAUAAUUUGGAUGUGUUUGUUAUAUAUGACAUUGGAGAUUUUUCUCAUCAAACGACAUAUUCAACUGACCCUUGGCCAAGAUCAGUAGCAUUUGGUGAUUUUAAUAACGAUACUAGACUGGAUUUCGUUGUCACUACUGUGUAUUACAAGAAUGUAGCUGUAUUUCUUGGAUAUGGUAAUGGCUCUUUGGCAAAUCAAAUGACAUAUUUAACUGAAAAUGGCUCAAUCUCUGUAGCUGUUGGUGAUUUUAAUAACGAUGCCCGAUCGGAUAUCAUCGUCGCUAAUUAUUUGAACAACACUAUAAGUGUACUUCUUGGUUAUGGGAAUGGCUCGUUUGCAACACAAAAAACAUUUUCAGCCGGCUAUUAUCCAUAUUGCGUAGCGAUUGGUGAUUUUAAUAACGACAGUCGACUGGAUAUCGUCGUCGCUAAUUUUGAUAGAAAUUCCGUAACUGUGCUUCUAGGAUAUGGUAAUGGCUCUUUUGCAAGUCAAGUGAAUUAUUCAACUGGUUCUCGGUCACACUCUGUAGCUGUUGGUGAUUUUAAUAACGACAGCCGACUGGAUAUCGUCGUCGCUAAUUUUGAUAACAACUCUAUAAGUGUACUUCUCGGAUAUGGCAAUGGCUCUUUUGCAAGACAAGUGAAACAUUCCACUGGCACUACACCAACAUUUGUUGCUGUUGAUGAUGUUAACAACGAUAGCCGACUGGAUAUCGUCGUCACUAAUGGUGAUGACAACACUGUAAGUGUACUUCUCGGAUAUGGUAAUGGUUCUUUUGCAAGUCAGAUGAUAUAUUCAACCGGUAAUGCGCCAAUCAAAGUAGUAGUUGGUGAUUUAAAUAAUGAUGCUCAACUGGAUAUUGUUACUAAUAGUUAUCGUGACAACACUACAUUAUCGUCUCCAAUUAUGGUACCAACAAUGUAG